UGAUCCUGCAGUGAGAUCCCGGGACUGACCGGAGGAUCCUCUGGAGCCAGGGGCCGGGCAGGGGGUAGGUGAGCGGUUCCGGCCCAUGUCUGCCGCCAUCCAGCCCCAGGCGGUUGUGUGUUACCAUCGGCUCCACCGUACAGGGUCUGAUCACAAGGAACAUGGACCUGGAUGUACUGAACAUGUUCCUCAUUGCUGGGGGUACUUUGCUGAUCCCGAUAUUGGCUUUCGUGACCUCUUUCUUCCUUUGGCCGGCUGCACUGAUCAAAAUUUAUUACUGGUACUGGCGAAGGGCCUUAGGAAUGCAGGUUAAAUACGCCACCAAUGGGAACUACAAAUUCUGUUAUACAUGCCGAGGACGACCAGGACCAAAGCCAUCCAUCCUCAUGUUACAUGGAUUCUCUGCUCAUAAAGACAUGUGGCUGGCCAUAGCCAAGUUCCUUCCUAAAAACCUACACCUGAUUUGUGUGGAUAUGCCCGGGCAUGAGGGAACCACACGCUCUGCUAUAGAUGACUACUCAUUCAGUGGUCAGGUCAAAAGAAUACACCAGUUUGUUGAAAGCAUAAAUCUGAAUAAGAAGCCUUUCCAUCUUGUUGGUACAUCCAUGGGUGGAUGUGUUGCCGGGGUUUAUGCUUCCCAAUAUCCGUCUGACAUCUCAAGUGUGACUUUAAUUUGCCCUGCAGGUUUGCAAUAUCCCAAUGACAGCACAUUCCUGAAACAGCUGAAAGACAUAAAGGAAUCUGGAAAUGAUGAAAAGAUUCCCCUAAUUCCAUCCACCACAGAAGAAAUGGAGCAAAUGCUGAAGCUUUGUUCAUACGUCCGCUUCAAGAUUCCACCACAGGUCUUACAAGGACUUGUGGAUGUUCGCAUUCCUCACAAUGACUUUUAUAGAAAAUUAUUUUUAGAUAUGGUAGAAGAGAAGUCACGUCACACUCUACAUGAGAGCAUGCACAAAAUCACUGCUCCUACUCAAAUUAUAUGGGGCAGACAGGACCAGGUGCUUGAUGUUUCUGGAGCAGAAGUCUUGGCUAAAGCAAUACCUGGAAGCCAAGUGGAGAUCCUAGAGAACUGCGGGCAUUCAGUUGUGAUGGAGCGACCACGAAAAUCGGCAAAACUCAUAGUAGACUUUAUAUCUUCCUUGCCAACCACAGAGAACAAUAAGAAGCAUGAUUAAACAUUGAGGAAUGCUCAGGACUCCUUAUGGUCCUUUCUAUACUGUAUUUCUCUGAGCCUCUCAGGGGAUCUUGUAGACCUUCUAGGAAAGUAGCUUAGUUCCUUGUGAACAGAAGACCAGAACUGUGUCUUAUUACAGAUCACUUCCAGUGCAGCAGAGUCUUUAGUACAAUGCAUUGCACACAAUGGGUAUUGCACACUGUGGUUCUUCCAAAGACUAUUGUAGAUGGUACCCGAUGGCAUUGUAAUAGUUAAAGCCAGCUGAUACACUGAUCCUAAUGCACUGAGCCCACUGCCCCGAAACCAUGUUAUGAUAGAAGCUAGAUGAAUUUAGCUUGUUUAUUAUAAGAUAUAAUAUAGUAAAAAAGUAAAGGAAUCCCACUAGUUGUGGUAAGAUCAUUUUAUUGUGCUGGUAUUAGCCAUUUGAUAUGGUUGGGACAUGCAAAACAUUGCACCACUUGCGGUGAGUACACUAAUAUCUGGGUAUUGUGCCUUCCAAGCAGUUAUAUGCAGAUAGCAUUAUAUACAAAUCAGCUUUGACACUGUGCCCAUGAUGGAUGAUUCUGCUGCUACAGAAUGAGGACUGCAUGGCUGUAUAUUUGGAUAUAUCCCUCCAGACCAUUUAUUGAGUCAUUGUCCUGUAGAACUACUAAUACACCAGUCGUACACAAUGCCAAAGAACCGAGAGACUGAGAUUAUCAUUCGGGAGUUAAUGGAUAAAAGUAUCAGUCUGCUAAAUUUCACAGAUCGGACCUUUCUUUUCAGUGCUGAUCUUGCAGAAUCUAUGCCCCUCAUUUACUAUUGCAAACCCGACAUGUUUUGGCGGGUUGUGCGCCAGAUUCUGUCGCAUUACGCCAGAAAUUCUGUCUGCGCCAGAUUUUGCGCCAGAAUUGAAAAAAAACAGACUAACUCUCCAUUUUGCUGAGAAAACACGAAAAAGGGGCAUGGCCGCUGGGAAAAGGGGGCGCAGUCUCUGAAAAGGGGCGUGUUUCCAACAUUUUCACAAAAAAAACAACAUAUUUACUAAGGUUUCCACAUAAAAUGUGGUGGAUUUGAGCUGAGGAAAACCCUACAGAUCAGAGCAUGUGUAAAAAAAAAAAAAAAAAAGCAAA